CUAUAUAAAACGUAUGAAAAAUUUUGCAAAAUUGUUUGCAUAUUUACUUCAAGUAAAGCUGCCCAAUUUGAUAGAUUUUGAUGAUUCAUUUUUUUUGCAUUCAUUUGCAAAAUAUUUUAGUCCAUGAAAUUUCCAUAGGUGCUGAUUUCAACUAGGAUCUUGUCUGAAAUUUCUUAGUAGGGAACAUACAGACCAAGCGAGCAAUUUGUUGCAUUCAUUUCUGUUAACCGGAUUGUGCUCAUCUCAACUGAGUCAUGGAUGCGUUAUGGGAGUGCCUGUCCCCUCCUCUACUUCCUGCCGUAGCCGCCGGCGUCAAGGAGUUUGGUUUCGCCAAGAUGACGCCCGUACAGGCUGCUUGUAUCCCUCGUAUGUUGAGCUACCAAGACGUGGCUGCCGAGGCUGUCACAGGUAGUGGUAAAACUCUAGCGUUUUUGGUACCGACUCUUCAAAUGAUACUUCGAAGAGAAGACCCCAUCAAGAAGUACGAGGUUUAUGCUAUGAUUUUGUCACCCUCGCGAGAGUUGGCUUCGCAAAUACAUGAAGUUCUUCAGGUGUUGCUCAAACACAGCAAAAAAGUGUCGUCACUGUUACUCGUCGGUGGAGGAAACGUGUCUGAAGACGUUGCAAAGUUUGAAAGUAAUGGCGGUCACAUCAUCGUCGGCACACCUGGAAGAAUUGAGGAUAUCUUCAACAGAUGUGAAUCUGGUGGCACAAGCUUGAGACUUGCUUGCAAGGCGUUGGAAGUCUUAAUAUUAGACGAAGCUGAUUUACUCCUAGAAAUGGGUUUUACCGAGACAAUCAACACAAUACUUGCAUACCUUCCCAAACAGAGAAGAACUGGGCUGUUUUCUGCUACUCAAACUUCGGACGUGGUCAAUCUUAUCAGGGCUGGCCUUAGAAACCCUGUUCAGAUUAGGGUGAGGCAAACUUCCGCCGACAUCACUAUGUUAUGUUCGGUAUAG